CUCUACAAGGACGUCAUGAUGGAAGAUCACAGCAUCCCUCACCAUCAUCAGGUAGAUGGAUCCAGUCAUGGGAACCCACCAGAGAGAUGUCCCCGUUCUCUGUAUUCCCGGGAUUCCACACAGGAAGGUCACACCAUCCCUCACCAUCAUCAUUUAGAUGGAUCCGGUAAUGGGAACCCACCAGAGAGAUGUCCUCAUCCUCAGUGUUCCCAGGAUUCCCUACAAGAAGGUCACACCAUUCCUCACCAUCAUCAGCAUGAAGAACAGAUGUAUAUGGAAGUUAAAGAGGAAGAAGAAGAGGUAUAUGUGAUGCAUGGUCAGCAUUCCACAAUGGAGGAUGAGAAGAAGAAGACAAUUAAACUGAAGGAAUCCCUAGAUAUCACCGCAGAUGGAUCCAGUCAUGGGAACCCACCAGAGAGAUGUCCCCAUCCUCUGUAUUCCCGGGAUUCCACACAGGAAGAUCACACCAUCCCUCACCAUCAUCAGGAAGAUGGAUCCAAUAAUGGGAACCCACCAGAGAGAUGUCCUCAGCCUCUAUAUUCCCGGGAUUCCACACAGAAGGGUCACAUCAUCCCUCACCAUCAUCAGCAUGAAGAAUGGAUGUAUAUGAAAUUUGAGGUUAAAGAGGAAGAAGAGGAGGUGUGUGUGAUGGAUUAUCAGCAGUCUACGGAGGAGGCUGAGAUGAUGGAAAGAGUUAAACAAGAGGAACCAUCUCCAGAUAUCUCAGAUGGAUCCAGUAAUGAAAACCCACCAGAGAGAUGUCCCCGUCCUCUGUAUUCUUGGGAUUCCACACAGGAAGAUCACACCAUCCCUCACCAUCAUCAGCAUGAAGAACAGAUGUAUGUAAAAGUUGAAGUGAAGGAGGAAGAAGAGGAGACCUCUGGGAUAGAUUAUCAGCAGUCUACAGAGGAGGUCGGAAUGAUAGUGAUAAUUAAAGAAGAGGAACCUUCUCUAGAUGUCAGCAGAGAUCGAAGGACCCGUCCACAUGCGCGCCCCUGGCCCUGUUCACAGUGUGCGAAAAGUUUUGUUCGAGGGCAAGAUCUCCUAAGACACGAGAGAAGUCACACGGGAGAAACGUCCUUUUCAGUGCUCGGAGUGCGGGAAAAGUUUCACUCAGAAAGGAGACCUCCUUAGACACCAGAAAAUCCACACCGGGGAGCGUCCUUUUUCCUGUCCAGAGUGCGAGAAAUCUUACGUUCAGAAAGUAAACCUCCUCAAACACCAGAAAACGCACAUGGACAAAGAUCCUUUACCAUGUUUACAGUGUGGGAAAUGUUUCAUUGGGAAGGGGGAACUACUUAGACACCAGCGAAGUCACGCCGGUGUGCGUACGUUUUCAUGCUCGGAGUGCGGGAAAAGUUUUGGCGAGAAGGGAAAACUUAUCGUGCACCAGAGAAUUCACACAGGCGAGCGUCCGUUUUCAUGUCCAGACUGCACCAAAUGUUUCAUUCGGAAAGCAGACCUGGUUUCUCAUCAACGAAGUCAUACGGGCGAGCGUCCUUUUCAGUGUACAGAGUGCGGGAAAGGUUUCAUUCAUAAGGGCGACCUUCUUAGACACCAGAAAAUUCACAGCGGGGAGCACCCCUACUCCUGUGCAGAAUGCGGGAAAUCGUACGUUCAGAAAGGACACCUCCUCAUACACCAGAGAAGUCACACGGGCGAGCGUCCCUUUUCCUGUUCGGAGUGCGGGAAAUGUUUCGCCGAUGUAGGACUCCUUCACAGACAUCAGAAAAUUCACACCGGCGAGCGUCCGUUUUCUUGCGCGGAGUGCGGGAAAAGUUUUAACCAAAAAGGAAUCCUUGUUAGACACCAGAGAGUUCAUGAGGGCAGGUGA